AUGACAGCAGCCCAUCUCCUCUCGGGGUUCAGUGACUCUCCGUUCCACUUUGCAGGUAGCCCAGGAAGCCGGGCUUGGCUAGCGUGGCCAGCUUGGCGGCAAUCCACAGUGGUAAAAAGUGUGCUGCAGAUGGGGUUUGAACAGAGCAUGGUGGAGAGGUUGGUUCUGAAUAAAUACAGGCUGGCCACCCCAGCCAGCACAUCAGUAUCUCAGCUGGUCUCUGAUCUAAUCCAGGAGGAAGAGAGGAGUGCAAGAGAGACCAGAGCACCUGCUCCCAUGGCACCUGAGCCAAGUGCACCCAGAAGAGAAGAGCAACUUGAGCAGAUCACAGAGGCAGGACCCCUGAGCACGGAGCAGCAGUUGCAGCAGCUAAAGGAGGAGCGGAUGUGCAAAGUGUGCAUGUACCAAGUGGUAUCCAUUGUCUUUGUCCCCUGCGGCCACCUGGUCUGCUCAGAGUGUGCCCCAAACCUGCAGCAGUGCCCCAUCUGUCGAGCCGCCAUCCACGGCAGUGUCAGGACGUUCCUGUCCUAGCCGUGCCUGGGUGAGUGAAGGGCUCUCCCACAUUACCUGCUGCUGAGUGGCCGCAGAUCAGACAGGGCAGCAGGAAAACGGCCUCAGAGAGAGCAGGUUAGGCCAAGGGUCACACAGCCGUUUGAAACUUCUGUUUUCCUUCCCUACUUACAAAAUGGAACUUAGUCUGAAGGCAGUGCUGUGAGGCAGAAAUAUAGAUGUCCCUGGAGAGGGCAAAAGGGCUUUGCUAAGAAAAAAGUCAUAUGGAGUUAUCCCUGGCUGAGCGCAAGGCUUGGGACCCAGAACUCCUCUUGCCCAGUGUCCUCACCUGAGCGUUUCCUGUAUCAGUGGGUCCCUAGCUUCUCUCGUAGCUGUGUGAGGUUUGGUAAAGGGGAUGGAUGGAAAGGUAGGUUGGUCUAGAGAUCUCCAACCUGUUACUACUAUUCCCUUCUCCACGGGUACCUCCCUCCGACCCACUCUGAGUAAUCAUGAAAAUCAACUCUCCCUAGAGACCCCUCAUGAUAUUCCCGAGGAGUGUCUGACCUCAUCCUGGGAGCCGGAGCUGCCACUUCAAGCGAGGUUAGCCUAGUUGGGAAAUAAUUAGGGGGCAUCAAAGGCAGGGGAAAUAACCCAGAUCUAAAACUAUAUAUCUAAGAGUCUCCUAGAGCAAUAUUUUUUGGGGGGUUGAGGUAUAUAAGUGUGAAUUUCUGCUUUGGUUUUUCUAUGACUAUGUUUGAAGUUCUUUAAUUUUUUCCAAUAAAGUUUCUUCCAGUGUAAUCAA